CCCCUCUCCCCACCCCCAAUAUAAAGUUAUUUUUCAAAAUUUCUACGUUUACGGUGAAUAUUGUGUAAUGCACGAGUUUCUCGACUUUACAUAUUUUCUAUUGUAUAGAGAACAAUAGUCGGUAUAUAUCUGUAGACCUGUUAAGCGGGUAAGUGAUUUACUAGACCGCUUUUAACAAAAGAGCCGGUAGGUAAUAUGAUUUGAAGAUUAAUUUUUAGUUCUGCUUGUGGUUUUCUCGGGAGCACAUGUUCUUUUUAUAUGCUUUUCAUGGAAUUGGUCACAUACGAGUUAUAACUUUUUCUAAAUUUCAAACAAUUUUCAUAUCUAAUUGUUGUCGGGGGUGGGGAUGAGAGUUAACAAAAGUAUGCCGUGUGAGUACGGUGUGACCAAACAUUUAAAGUCUGCAACAUAUUCAAUUUAACUAAAAUAUUAUUUUCCACUUUUGAUUAUUUCAAUGACACUAGUUUCAUUUCUUUCAGAUAAUUUAUAUAGCGAGGAACCCGAAGGAUUUGGUCACAUCAUUCUACCGGCUUAUGCAAUGGGGAGAUCAACUGGAAGAGGGUGACAAAACGUUCAACCAAUUUAUUGAUGCUUUUGUUGACGGGACCGGUAUUUCCUGUCCGUGGCCAAAGCAUCUCCUAGAGUUCUGGGAGAAAAGGAAAGAUAGAAAUGUUCUAUUCUUAAAGUAUGAAGAAGUUGUUAAGAAUAUGGCAAAUGCUGUGAGACAAAUUUCUGACUUUUUGUGCAAGCCGGUGACUGAUGAAGAGGUCGCGAAAAUAUGCGAAUAUUGCAAGUUUGAGACUAUGAAGAAUAAUAACAUGUGUAACAUGUCAUACCUGAGAGAUUUUAAAUAUGUCAACGACAAUGCUGAAGGUGGUUUUAUGAAUAAAGGGAAGCCUGGAGUGUGGCGUGAGGUACUGACACCGGAAAUAGCCACGAGGAUUGACGAAAUGGCGCGUGAAUUGGAUGGAUCCGGACUUGUUUUAGAGGAAUUCUGAUUUUUUUGUCAAGACCUGUAACUUGUUGCUACCGUCUCACCUACAUUUGUAACUAACAACAAAAGACGAAUGUUAGACAGUAUUAUGUUCCUAACUUAUCAAUGUUAUUCUGAACGAUAACGGUUUUAUAACAAAAUGAAAUGGAUAAAAUGGAAAACUGUAAAAAUGCCUAACGCGGCAACAUUGAAAUAUUGCAGUCACGGUUUGAUUGAGUCUGUUCGUGAAUCAUAGUUAUUUUAACUACAAACUUUCCUUUAUGCCCCCUAGCACCGCCUCAAGAGAGCAUUUAAACAAGCAUUCGAAGAUGUGUGUUAUACGAUUUGUAAUCGAGGAAUCUUUAAUGCCACACAUUUGAAUUAUUACUACGGAUUUACUUAGAAUAUAUCACAAUCAAAGCGAGAAAUACAACAUUUCAAAAUAAUCAUGACAUUCAUGUGAUAUUCCGUGACUGUAUAGAUGCUGUUCAAGUGUUCUUCUGAUACUUAUAUUUCCAUAAACAUAGCAUGCCUUACCAUGCUUACAUCUUUAAUGGACCUGUCAUCCGUUCAAUCAGGAGAUAACCAUUCAGCAUUUUAAAGGGAAACGUUUAGAAUAUGUAAUGACUGAAUAUCGAACAGUACACACCCUGGUCAUACAGAAA